GUAUUGAAUUAUAUAAGAUCAAAUUGGGGUUUGAAUCAAUUUUUGUUAAUCUGUUGAUAGUUAGGAGUUUUUCUAUAGUUAAUGUGUAUAAAUUGGGUUUGAAUCAAUUAUGGCUAUGAUAAAUCUGAAUAAUUAAUUUGAUUAAGUUAGCUCUUAUGCUUUGUUGAUAAUCAGGUUCGUUAGUUUCCCCUUUUUCAUAGUAUAAUUUGUUCAUUUGCUUCUCAAUUGAAUUAUGCUAUUUGCUUAUUUGGUCGGAUAAAUUAUGUUAAAAAGUACUUUGAUUUUAAUUUUCUGAACUUUUUAAUUGUUUGCAUGUUCACAUUCCAACUUCUUGAUGAUUUGAUGUAUGUAUAUGGAUUUAUUUUUCUCAUGUUUUCUAUAAUAUUGUGCAAAGUUGUCGAAUUUAAUUGAAUAAUGAAUAAGGAAUUUAACUGAAUAAUGAAUUUAAUUGAAUAAUUGCAUAAUGAAUUUAUGGUGGGGAACAAGCUAUCAUUUGUAUUGCAUUCUUUGUAACCUUUUUCUCCACGAUGCCUUUGAUUUUGCUUUUGAUAGUAUUCAUUAUUCCUCUGCAGCUGUAUCAAUCAUAGCAACCUUCAAAUCCCACAAAGCCUUGUUUUCUAAAGUUUCAUAUAAUUAUACUUGAUACACCACUGCUGCAAUGACAGCCAGAGCACUUUCUUCUUAUAGGAUCCAUGUAAACAAUCUAGAGUAGUCAACUGCAGGAGUAGCACACUAGAUUUACAAAGUUCCCUUAGCCCAACUGGAUUUAUAUCUCCUCGUCCAUAUAAGACCUUUUCUGAAGUACAAAGUAGCUGUAUCAGACCAGAACGCACAUUUAUAUCUCUUUACACAUAAGCCUUGAAUUACCUUUCUUCUCUCAAACUAUUGAACUAUUGUACUGAAUUGCUAAUUUCUGAUUUCCUGGCAAUAAAAGAAGGGGAGACAACACAAUGCUAUAAGCUCCAAUAAUGCAUCCUAAAUUUGGUUGUAUAUUUUUAGUAUUAGUUAAAAAAAAUUCACAAGAUUUGUUGAUUCGAAGCUCUGAUAUGUAUUGUAAAAGGACAGCUUUGUUAAUUUGGGUGUUUUAAUGAAUUUUGUAUGAUAAGUUAUUGAAAAAGGACAUGGGUAUAACUUGAGAACAGUAGAAUAACCUGUAUAACUCUCUCAAUUUAAGAUUGGAUAUUAAAGUAUGAUUAUAAGAAUUGUUGAAUUCCCAAAAGACAAUCACAUACCACUGGUUCAUUCUAAUGAUAUUAAGUUUAUCAAAUUAAACACUCACUUAACUACUCUUGACUCUAAUUUCUUUUUUAGUGACAUUGUUUUAUAUUUUGAGUUUGAUUAGCUUCAGAGUAGUUGCAAAGUUGCAGGUCUUUUUGUAAUUUCUAGGAAAUCAAUAAUGAUGUCUCAAACUCUUAAAGUAGGUAAUAAACAUAUUUUUGAGAUAAAGUUAAGUGAUUGAAUAAUGGUUCUAUUUAUAUGGACGAAAGUUUUAUCUUUAUUACAAAGAUUGUAAAAUAAAAAAAUGAGUGCUGACAAAACAUAAUCAAGUAUGUAACCUAAGGUUUCAUUAACUAGACCUAUAAUUUGCUAAGCUAUAAUUACUACGACGAAACAUAAUCAAGUAUGUAAGUAUAAUCAGACACUUAGUUUUGUUUCUACUUUUAUUUUUUUGUAAAGAUAGUUUUGUUUAUCUUAGUUCCAUCUAUAUUUGAGAUUAUUGUGUUUUAUCUUAUUUUAUGUUAGUUUUUUUUUUUCUUUUCUUUUUCUUAUAGAAAAUGACUCCUAGUAAGGAUUGGAUGACCAUUGAAGAUUAUGUUAAUGACCCAUUAUAUGUGGAGGGAGUAGAUAAUUUUCUAGACUAUGCAUUUCAAAAGUUAAAAACUUCGUCGAUAAUACGUUGUCCUUGUUGUCAAUGUAUGAAUAGAGAGUCUGGUAAUCGUGAAAAAGUCAGAGAACAUCUACUAGUUUUUGGAGUAGUUAAAAGGUAUACCUUUUUGUAUCAUCAUGGAGAGGAGUUAGAUGAGACUCAACUUGAUUCUGAUGAUGAUGAGGCUGAUGGGAGAGAUCAUGAAGACCAUGAUGAAAUGCUUAGCAUCUUGCGGGAUCUUCAUCCAGAGUACCGUGAUGGGAGUUCACCCAUUGAUGUCAAUAAUGUUAAUGAGCCAAAUGCCGACACUAAGAAAUUCUAUAGCUUGCUGAAAGAUUCACAAGAUCCAGUUUAUGAAGGUUGCAAGAGUUCUAGAAUGUCCGCACUCUUAAAUCUCCUUCAUAUCAAGACUCUUGGUCGCUGGAGUAAUGAAUCGUUUACCAUGCUAUUAGUUUUCCAUAAGAAGGAUCUUUUGCCCGAUGGAUCAAAUUUUCCUGAUUCUUACUAUGAGUCAAAGAAGAUCAUGAAAGAUUUGGGGCUUUCAUAUGAGAGAAUUGAUGCUUGUGUCAAUGAUUGCAUGUUAUAUUGGAGGGAUAAUGAGAAGUUGGAUGCAUGCAAUGUGUGUGGUGCUUCAAGAUGGAAAACUGACAAACAUAAUGGGGAGGACAAAUGUAAGAAAAAUGGUUAGAGAAUACCUCAAAAAACACUGCGAUACUUUCCUCUAAAACCAAGACUUCAAAGACUAUUCAUGUGCUCUAAAACUGCUUCUUUGAUGACAUGGAAACAUGGCAAAAAGCAGAAAGAUGGUACGAUGAGACAUCCUGUAGAUGGAUCGGCUUGGGAAUCAUUUGACAAAGAGUUUCCUGAUUUUGCAUCAGAUCCUCGAAAUGUUAGGUUAGGGCUUGCUAGUGAUGGUUUUCAACCUUUUGCAAAUUCGAAAACCAACUAUAGUAUUUGGCCAGUGGUUCUUAUUCCCUAUAUCUUACCCCCUGAACUUUGUAUGAAGCAGUCAAAUAUGAUUCUAUCAAUGCGUAUUCCUGGUCUUAAAGGUCCGGGUAACGCAAUUGAUGUAUAUCUGCAACCCUUAAUCGAGGAAUUGAAUGACGUACUUAUGGGCCACUAGGGUAAAUGCUUUUGAUGCAGCAACUCAACAUCAUUUUCAACUACGCACAGCUUUGAUGUGGACAAUUAAUGAUUUUCCAGUGUAUGCAAUGUUAUCUGGAUGGAGUAUUAAGGGGAAUUUAGCAUGUCCUUGUUGUCUUAAAGAUACCUGGUCGAAGAGGCUAUCUCAUGGGGCCAAAGAAUGCUUUAUGGGCCAUCGAGUGUAUUUGCCAAAGAAUCAUAGAUGGCGAAAGGAUAAGGCUUCAUUUGAUGGAACAAUUAAGCAGGGUUUACCUCCAAAGCCUUGUUCAAUCAACGAAAUUCUUCAUCAGCUAAAGGAUCUAGAAAAUAUCAUAUUGUCUAAUGAUCCACGAGUGAAGACAAAGAUAUCUCAUGAGCUUAGGGGAGACAAUUGGAAUAAGAAAAGCAUUUUCUUUAAGCUUCCAUAUUGGAGGACACAUCUAUUAUGACAUAAUUUGGAUGUAUGCAUAUUGAGAAAAACAUAUGUGAAAGAAUUCUUGGUACGAUGAUGAAUAUUAAAGGGAAGACAAAAGACACCAUAAAAUCUCGUCAUGACUUACAGGUUAUGGGGUUGAGGCCAUCAUUGCAUCCAACCAAAGAAGGGGACAAAUGGAAGAUGCCACCAGCCCCAUUUACUUUUUCCUCUUUGAAAGAGUUAAAGGUUCCUGAUGGUUUUUUCAUCUAAUAUAUCAUACUGUGUUAACUCUAAGGAGGCCAAAAUUUUAGGUUUAAAGAGUCGUGAUUACCAUGUCAUACUCGAACAUCUUCUUCCUUUUAGCAAUGCGUGGCCUACUAACUCCACUUGAGGUAUUUUACUAUAUUAUGUGCUAAAGUAAUCAAUGUGGAAGAGUUGAAGCAACUAGAGUCUCAAAUUCCUAUUACUCUCUGCAAACUAGAGAGAGUAUUUCCUCCUUCUUUCUUUGAUGUGAUGAUGCAUUUGCCUAUUCAUCUAGCUAGUGAAGCCAUAGUUGCGGGUCCUGUUCAGUUCAGAUGGAUAUAUCCUAUUGAAAAAUAUAUGUACAAGCUUAACUCUUAUAUAAGGAAUAGGGCUCAUCCAAAGGCUUCAAUCGUAGAGGGAUAUUUAGCAGAUGAGUGCAUAACUCUUUGCUCAAGGUACAUGCAGAAUGUUGAAACUAGAUUUAAUCGUCUUGAGCGAAAUUAUGAAAAUGCAUAUGGUGGUGAUGAGGCCUUGCCUAAAUUUAGUCAUCCUGGUCGAGGCUUAGGUGCUCCAAAUAUCAUUGAUGUUCCAAAGUGUGAGUUAGAUCAAGCUCAUAAUUAUAUUUUGAAGAAUUGUGAUGAGGUUCAACCGUUCCUUGAUUAAGACUCUUAGCCUUAGUAAGUUUCUUCUUUUUUUUCUUUGCUGUAGUUUUUUUUUUUUUUUUUUUUUUUCCAGAAAUUUUUCUCAGCUAAUACAAACAAUGGAUUAUCUGAGGAGGAAUGGAGUGAGAAUUUUAAAAAAUGGUUUAAAGAAGAAGUAAGCCAUUGAAUUUUCAUCAGAUUUUUAGAUCAUUGAAACUUGAACUAUAUUAAUUUUUUUUUUCUUUUUUCUUCUCUGGUAGGUUGCUCGGUUAUAUGAGACUAAUAAGAGCAAAGAAAUAGAAAAUCUCCUUUCACUAUCACGUGGCCCAACCCAAUAUGUAACCUCUUUUGGUGGUUAUAUUGUGAAUGGGUAUAGAUUUCACAUACAAAAUCGCGAAAACGCUUUGAGAACACAAAAUAGUGGAGUGGUUGUGAUUGGAAACACGGGAGAAAGAGAUGAUAACAUAGAUUAUUAUGGAGUAGUAACAGAUAUAAUUGAGAUGCAAUAUCUUGGUGGAAAUUGAGCUGUUUUAUUUCGUUGUAAAUGGUGGGAUGUAUUUGAUAAGCUUAGAGGAAUAAAAGAAGACAAAUAUGGAAUUGUUACUGUUAAUUGCAAUAAGCAAUUAAAAACUAAUGAACCAUUUAUCUUAGCUAGCCAAGCAAGACAGGCUUUUUCACCAAUCUACUAUUAAGAAGAAAGCAGGGAAUGGAAAAAAAAAGAGGAAGAAACAAAUGUAAAGAAAUUGCUAGACUAAAACCCAAUGAGAAGCUACAUAUCGAGUUCAUCAACAAUCGAGCCAUAGGGGAGAAUCACAAAGUAUUUUCAAGACAUUUGGGGAUCAUAGUCCGAGAUACUAACAUUUGUCCUCUAAGAGUGCGCUAAUGGGAUGAUAAUGGGGACAGAGAAAAAGAUCACAUGUGGACAGCAGUCACAGAUGUUUUCACAAGUGAAAACAUGGACACUUAUAAGGAGCAUGUUCUUGGCAUAUGAAAAAGUUGUGGACAAAUUGGAGAGGAGAUCUAUUAAGAAAAGAAGUGAAAGAAACUCUGUUAACCGAAGUAAAUAUGCUAAAGCGUUAAUGCCACGUACUGGGAGCAAGCCUAUUAGGCAAAUCAUUUGGGACGAUCUGGGAGGAAGUAAAGGGAAUAAACCUACUCUGGUUGAUGUGUUUUAUACCACUCGCAAAAAAGGCAAUAGCCUUCCAAACGCGGAGACAAUCCAGAAACAUGCUGAAAUUCAAGAAACAAUGGAAAAAGAACCAUCACAUUCCUUUGUCCAGGUUGCACAAAAGGUUUUAAAAUCCAAGUCUCGAGAUCGUGUUGUUGGUUUAGGAGGAGGAAUAACUUUAAUAGAUAUGAUUGGACCACAACCAAGUAGAGAAGAGCUUCAAAUUGAGUUGACUGCAGCCCAAAAAAAAAUGAAGAUCUUACAAAUUAUGUGGAGACUAUUCAAGAAGAAAACACCGAACUUAAGAGUCGCAUGGGUUUGGUUGAAGCUGAAAUGAACAUGUUGAAAGAUACAUUGAUAAAACAAUUCAAUGCUUCGUUUUCGAACAAUGGUUCCAACACACAAACUCCGAGUACCUGAUUGUGCUUGAAGAGCUUUGAUGGUCAAGCCCAUAGAUUUAAAUUUCAAUUAUUAUUUAGUUUUUUUAGUGGAACGCUAAACGUCGCCCUCGGAUCUCUAACUAACGCCCGCAAAAUAACGUAAAAUGAUGUAUGUAGCCUUGUUAUAAAAAUAUUAUAAAAUAAUUAUUUUUACAUGAA